AUGUCAGCCAAACAAGUUCAAGCGCAAGCCAAAUUACAGCACCAGCAGCGACAAAGAAGCGGUGUUAUGAUGAAGUCGGGCGACGAGCGAAGAGCCAACCACCCCACGCGGGCAACUCAGCGCCUCGACAACACCAGAAGAUCAGAAUUCCAUCAGCAGACCCGGUCACAGAUCUCACAGCGCCAAAGAUCUCCCUUGACGCCACCCAGCGCGGGCAUCGUCGCCUCUCCCGGCCAUGGCCCGUAUCCCUUCUCCAAGACCGAGCAAAUCGACAUGUCGUAUGAUGACCUGUAUCGUUUUGAGGAUGUACAAGGAGUCUGUAUUGAUGACGGAAGUCCCCUCUUCAGAAACGUUCCCGAAGCCCACUUUCAGAGCGGUCGAACCAUGCCCAAUCAUCGCUUCUAA